AUGGCAGACAACACGCAGAAGAACCCUUUCAGCUUCGCGAGCACUGGUACCACAUCCGCUCCCUCGCCUUUCGGCAACACGCCCGCUACGUCUGGUCCAGCAUCCGCACCAGCAUCCCAGCCAUUGUUCGGUAGCAACACCCAGACUACCACAUCCUCGCCGUUCUCUCUUGGUGGAAACAAGCCGGCCGGCAGUAGUCUUUUUGGGUCAGGCGGCACCACUCCAGGAAACCCAGGCAGCGGCCUGUUUGGACAGCAACCAGCAUCCGCACCAGCAGGCCAAUCGAUGUUCGGCGGGGGGUCUGGAGCAUUUGGAAAGAACCAAGCGACCGCGCCCAAUAGUACCGGGAUGCCUACCUUUGCCUUCGGUAAACCGGCCGACAACACCAGCACUGCAGCUGCAUCUUCGGCCCCGUCGAACACUUUCGGCACUGCUACAUCGGGUGCAACUGGCGCAAGUCCUUUUGGAGCAUCCACUGGGGGGACGUCGUUGUUCGGUAACAAUGCGGCUUCAUCCGCUCCUGGGGGCACAGCGACCCCGGCAUCCAGCAAACCAGCCCUUUCUUUUGGGUUUUCUACAACACCGGCAGGUAACCCACCGUCGAACACCGCGGCUGGUGCGGGGGCUGGCUUGUUCGGUGCCCAGCAAAAUGCUCAGGCGUCCGGGCAGCAACCUCUCGCGUCUCCUGCACCAGCAAAUCCGUUCGGCAGCACGCCAGCAACAACAUCCACCGCAUCACCCAGUCUUUUCGGCAACAUGACGUCGAACAAUGCACCGCAGAGUCUGUUUGGAAACGCCAACAAACCCACUACACCGUCGACUGCAGGCUCAGGUGGCUUUUUCAACAAGCCUGCAACCGGCGGUGCCCAAGGCCACCAACCGAGCUCAGCAGCACCGAGCGCUUUCACUCUAGGAACCACAGGAGUGAGCGCUUCCCCUCCAGCCACAUCCAAUAAGUUGCAGUUCAACAUCGGGGGAGGGGGGCCCACUUCACAGACGCCCGCAGCAAGUCCAGCUGCCGCUCCGAACUUCUUCAGCAACCUAGGGGGAGGAGCUGCCGCUUCUCCAGCGACCUCACAGCCAGCAACAACAACCGCUGCCGCGUCUUCGAACAUGUUCGCAAACCUAGGGGGUGGAGGCUCAACCGCCACGACAAGCGCAGGCGCAGCCCCAAAUAUGUUCAGCAAUCUUGGCGGCGGUGCGGGAGGCAACUCAGGUGCAACAAGCGGUCCUGCCGGGACCCAAAGCCUUUUCACUGGUGCUGCAGCAUCGCCAUUUGCCAACUUUGCCAAAGCAAAUGCGGCUGAGACGACUAAAUCGGCCUCGGCGCCGGCCACCGCUAUAUCACCGCCGACCAACAAUAUGUUCGCAAAUCUCGGCUCCUCGUCGAGCGCAGGGUCCGCGGCACCCGGCACAACGGCCGCAGCACCAGCAUCCAACAUGUUUGCAAGCCUCGGCGGAAGUCUGGGGUCAACGACAAGCGCUGCUACCACAGGGCCCAGCACCACAGCAGCAGCACCAGCUUCCAACAUGUUCGCAAACCUCGGCAAACCGACCAGCGCGUCUAGUACGGCACUAACAACGACAACCGCAGCGCCCACCUCCAACCUCUUCAGUGGCCUCGGCGCCUCAGCCACCACCACCCAGCCCUCUUCCACUGCCCCGGCACCCACAACCACCGCCCCCCCGGCCGCCCCAACCAACACCUUCAGCACCUCCAACGCGGGCCCGGCCCCCUCGGCCGCCUCCGCCCUCAAGAACAAAUCCAUGGACGAGAUCCUCACGCGCUGGGCCUCAGACCUGUCCAAAUACCAGAAAGAGUUCCAGUCGCAGGCGUCGCAGAUCGCCGAGUGGGACCGGCUGCUCGUCACCAACACGGACAGGAUCUCGGCGCUGUACAAGAAGACGUUCGAUGCGGAGCGCGAUACGGCCGAGGUGGAGAGGCAGCUGACGAGCGUCGAGGCCCAGCAGGAGGAGCUGGAGGCCAUGCUCGAGAGGUUCGAGGGCGUGGUGGGCGAGUUGAUGGGGAGGGUGGGCGUUGGUGGCGGGGAGCAUGGGAGGGGGUUCGGGGGCCAAGGCGGGGCGGAUGCGGAGAGGGAGCGCACGUAUGGGGUUGCGGAGAAGGCGGCGGAGAGGCUGGCGGGGCUGAACAGGGAUCUGGCGGACAUGAUCGGGGAGGUUAACGGGGUCGGGGCGGAACUGAGCAGGGCGGGCAAGAGCGACGAUCCGCUCUCACAGGUCGUUCGGGUGCUUAACAGCCAUCUCGCGCAGCUGCAGGCGAUUGACUCGGGCGCUGCGGCGCUGCAGGCCAAGGUCGCCGCCGCGCAGAAGGAGGGACAGCGCUUGGGAGCUGCCAAUGGAUACCAUGGCUUGGGCAGUGAUCCGGCGGAUGACUUUUACCGCUCGUACAUGUCACGGCGGUGA